AUGGCGAGUAAGAAAUCUCAAGAUGUGACUAGUCGCUUAACGGACUCGUCUAAAUAUACUGGAAGCCAUAAAAAUCGCUUCGAUGAUUCCGGGAAGGGCCUUGGAAAGGCUGGAAGGGAAAAUAUGGUGGAUUAUACCGGCAGUACAAGCAGCCAAUCGCGCGAUUUUGCUGUGAAUAAAAGUAACGUUUCCAAAUCAGAUAAACCAGUUGUGGCCAGUGCACUUGGAAAAGAGAAAUUUGGCACUCAAAUGGACAAGCCUAUUAGCGUAAUUUUAUAUCGAAAUGGUGAUAAACAUCACACUGGUGAAAAGCUUGUUAUGAAAAAAGAGAAAUUUCGUACAUUUGAUCAAAUGUUACAGGCUUCUACCAAUGCUGUUCGAUUGACGACUGGACCUGUCAAAAAAAUUUACAAGGCUCCAGAGUUGAAAAAAGUCAUGAAGAACUUAACUGAUUUCGAGAAUAACGGGAAAUACUUAUGUUGUUCGGGUGAACCCCCUGCAUCCAAAGAAAAACUAUCGCCAUCUUUAUUCCAAUAA